AUGUCCCAGGUCGUGUCCAUUCCCAUUCCAGCGGCCGCCACAACACUCCACCUCCACCACCACUCCAUAAUAAAUGACAACACAAUCAUUGAGCUGUACCCAAUCAAGAAGGUGCCCAAGAACCCUAUCGGACGUCCAAAGUCCAAGCGUGUGGGAUACUGUUUCCUGUGCAAGACGACCAACACGCCAGAGUGGCGAAAGGGUGAGAACGGUCAAGACGUCUGCAAUGCUUGUGGACUUCGUCAGCGCAAGGAGAGAAGGAACCGUCUGAUGCCCCAUAACACUGUCGGCAACAUUAUCAACCCCAACCUCCCAACACUCAGCACCAACGUGGCUGGACAGCACAGCUCCAACACUCAUACCAUUCCAAUCCAAUUCCAAACUUUUACACUAUACUACGGAGACUCGCCCAAGCUUGCCUCCACUCCCUACUCCAAUCUCAACACAACAACAUACUUCCUUGACAAUGGACACACUUCCAAUCUCAACCCAAUCAUCUAA